CAUGUUGCUCACGAGCCACUGGUUGGGGAUCACUGCUCUAUAGAUUAACUCUCAGUGGUUACAGUGCUCUUGGCAGCAUUAUGUCAUGUUAAUAAACCACGUUCGUUGGAUGUUCAGAUGGUUGAGCUUCUAGUCAAAAUCAGCCAUACUUUUGACCAACUAUGCAUGGCCAGCUUUAAGUCAGGGUACUUUCUCACUGAUAUACCUCUAAACCUCACAUUUUAUUCUGUUACAACCAGUUGCACUUGCUGACAGCCUUAUACAAGUUGUCUGAUCCCCCACACAAUGAAUAUAAGCAUAUAAUGCCAGCAAUUUUGACUGGCCCAAUUGUGUGCACUACAAAAAAAUAUCAACUAGCAGGUAGGUAGGUUUUGUUGGGACAAAAGGUUGAACUUGAUGAGUUUUCAACGACCGCUACUAACUCACAGAUAAACUAUAGAGAUAACUGGGGGGUCCCAGUGGGACUUUGAAUGAUAAGCACUUGCAAUAUAUGUUAAUAUGGUAAAUGUCUUCUUCCCAAAUUUUAGGGGUCCGAUGAUGUUGCUACAAGGCCCAAUAUUUAAUCAUUCUACUGCCGAAUGUUUAUUUAGGAGACACUCAUGCCAUUUAGUAAAGAAAUCCCAAUAUAAACAGCUGAUGAUACGCUAUAAUAAGUAAUUCGUAGAAAUAGUUAAAAUUAAUUCAUGUGCUAAUAAGUCAGUCAAUUGAUUGGGGGUCAGUGAAAUUUGCUGUAAGUUUAAACCCUCUCCUGCUCUGUCUUGUCAUUGCUCGUUACAGCUUCUACGUAAAAGCUUCUACGUAAAUCAUGUAUGUUUCUGUGUAACCUAUAUGCAUUUGUAUGUAACUUACAGUUAUUUAAGUUCUUGUUACAUGUUCGGGCCCUCUUCUUGUGUCCACAUUGUUACAGGUGCCCUUGACAACAGUACCCCCAUGAUAGUGACCCUGAGCGUGUGUGAGUUGUUUCUAUCAAGAGAGAGAGAACACCAAGGAAAUGUUUGAUAUAGUUAAGCACACUGAACAACAGUCCAACACUACAGGCCGGCUAAAUGGCUCAUAAUUAAAUUGUCUAUACCCACCGAGACGGGUAUUUGUGAGCAGGGCACUCAGCCUGGAUAAUGUUGCCAAAAGGAGCCAGUGCUCCUCAUUUCAGACUCACCCUGCUCGAUAACCCAAGAAAAUCUGUUUCUUUUUUUUAAUUAACCUCAGACAAUCUGGCCUUUGUGUUGCUUUGAGGGGGAAUCAAAAAGGAGGAGGGUGGCAUAUCCCCAGCUGUAUUUUUUUUUUAUAACACAACAGAGGCACCAACAAUUAGGCUUUUCAUUUUGGGAGCGGCUGAUACUAUGCCCGUCAUUGAUUUCUAAGAUGCCUUUACCAAUUCAGAUAAUAUGCGCUUUUAAAGUCUUCAAAUAUUCUUCACAGAUCCAGUUUUCAGUGGGUUUGUGGAGGGGACCGCCCACUUUCUAAAUACGUCCCCUUGUGAGUCUGUCUAGAGACACCUUACACUGCACAGAAACCCAGCCCUGUCUGAUGCUGUAUUCAUAAUGGGCAGUCAGAAUGGCACCCCUCAUUUCAUUUCUAGUCAUUGCACCCCUCUAGGUAUAUGUGCUUUGGAAGAUGACUGACUUUCAUCAAGCACCCUGUAUAUAGAUAUGUAUAUAUAGAGCCCCAUAUUUACAUACAGCUCAAAGGCAACUGUGUCUGAUUUAAAUAACAACAUGAGAGCUGGGAACUUGUAGCACCCUGGCCCUACCCUGCUGCCCCAAGGUCAGUAUAUAACAAGAGGUACUGCCCUCCAUUCUCUCAGCUGACCCUGCACUUUUUUUCAGUAGGAGGGGUUUUUUUUUUCAGUGAUCCAUUUCAGAUUUUACAUCAGACUCCGUAUCAGACAGACUCCUGCUCUUAUGCCUCCCUAUUAGAUCAGUUUCCUAAACACAGGCACCCUUACAGCUUGCUCACUGGACUUGCAAACACACCUUUCCUGCCAUACAGUCCCUGUGACUGGCAGCUCCGUGAGUGCAGGGAGGAGUUUUAUCCUACUUGCUGAAACUGGGCACCAUAUUGGAGUAUGCUUUCAUGUAUUUCAGAAGAACCCCUUACUGGAAUCUGAGAGAAGGUGUGCAACUUCAGAAAUAGAUAAAGGCUAAGCUCAAGGAAUGAAGGAUAGAGAACCAUUGGCCAUCAAUCUCUACCAGCCAUCAAUCAUGAACAGCAACAAGUCUGGUGUCAUUGCAGCCUCCCAUUUGGCCACUAUUGGAGUUAUAAGCUCCUCAGGUCCCACCAUAUCUUCAAGUCAGGCUAACUUUGGAAUAGCCACACCCCAGAACCUCCUGGCCAGCAUGCAGCUCCAGAGGCUCAACAGUCAUUACCAGGAUUCUGAAGAAAUACAGCAAUGGACUUUAAACAACCAAGGAACCCUCACUAACGGCAGUAAUCUCCUUGAGCUGGAUCGGGUGGAUGAGGAAGUGCUAAUGUCCCUGGUUUUGGAGCUGGGUCUGGACAGGGCAAAUGAGCUUCCUGAGCUGUGGCUUGGGCAAAAUGAGUUUGACUUUACUCCAGAAUUGCUUGUGCCCCCAGACAAAUGAAUUAGGAGACUGUGUUACUAACCUAAAGCACAAAUCUGCUGUAACUCCAUGUAGUUUUUCUUUAGAGGGAUACUUCAUAAUAGAGUGAUGCAGAUAACAGGGAUACAUUUGCACAUCUGUGUGCUCACCAAAUAAAAAGGUCACAAAUCAUUGAAAAGUGGUCACUGCCCCCCCUCCCCCAAUGGGUCAAGUUUGGGGGCACCACUGCGUAACACAGGCCCUAUGCUCUUUAUAUCUUUGAUUGGUUCCUUUCCCUUUGAAGACUUUUUUGGACAUUUAAGGGUCCAAGCUCCUGUUUCAUCUCAGAACGAGGUUGGAGAUGAAAAUUUGAUUGUAUCAAUCGUCCUGCCAUAAUUCCAAGAGUGCAAAUAGAUUUGCACUUGAAAUGUCAACAUAAUUGUACAUCCAAGACUGUUCUAAGAAUAUCUAGAAUUGCAAAUAAGCAUUCACCCCAAUAUUUUAUUGGUCCUCUGAAGAGUUGGGUCUCACAGAACCUCUGUUUUAAUUCAGCAUUAGAGACAAGUUAUGCUUAUCUACAAGAUCAUUUCUGUCACUUUGUGCUGGAUACUGACAUAAAGACUUCUAAACAGUU